AUGGAAGAAAUAAAGGCUCUCAAAGACAAUGAAAUGUGGGAAGUCUCGGAUUUACCAAGUGAUAAGAAGAUUGUAGGAUGCAAGUGGGUCUUCACUACAAAAUUUAAACCCAAUGGAAGUAUCGGGGAUGAUUCAAGUGAAAUUAAAAGCCUAAAAGAGUUUAUUAGUACUGAAUUUGAACUUAAGGACUUGGGGAAUCUUACAUACUUUCUUGGAAUGGAGGUAGUAAGGUCUAAGACAGACAUAGCUUUUGGUGUGAGCGGUGUUAUCAGCCAGUUCAUGUACGCUCCAAGGGAGAAACAUCUGGAAGUUGCGUACAAGAUAUUAAGGUAUCUCAAGGGGACUCUGGCAUUGAUGAGUUUGGAACCUCGUGGAACUCUUUUUGUGACUCCUGGGAUGGAGUGGGUUAUUUGA